AUUGACCGUAUGCGGAAGUACAGUGCAAGAGAUUAGGACCGAAAUGAUGAGGGUGACCUGUCGAUAGUUGGCGGAAAAUCCUAAUUUCUAGUCAAAAUGUCGAGGUUAGGAGAGCUUUUUGACAGUGAGAUUCCGGCUGGGAGGAAAGCCUUACAGGACAGCCAUGCAAAUCUCCUGGAUGUGGCAUCGUAUUGCGACGACAAUUAUUUAAAGGCGGAGAACAAGAGAGAGGCUUUGGCCGAGACAAAGAACUAUGCAACUCAGUCGCUUGCGAGUGUUGCCUACCAGAUUAACACCCUAGCCACCAGUAUGCUACAGAUGUUGGAUCUACAGGGAGUUCAGCUGGCCGAGAUGGAGUCUAGUAUCAACCACAUUGCUCGGAAUGUGAGCAUACAUAAAGAGAAGGUCGCCCGGCGAGAAAUCGGUGUGCUGACAACGAACAAGAACUGUCCCCGCACCCAUAAGAUCAUCGCUCCAGCCAACCCUGAGAAACCCAUGAAGUACAAGUCAAGCCCCAUCGACUACACCGCGCUAGACGACACGGGUCACGGCAUGAAACUGAGCGGCAGCUCCAGGGCGGGACGCACGCCCGACGUCAGCAAGAAGAGGACAGACUCCAUCAGUAGCACCAGCACCAUGAGCAGCCAAGAGAAUAACUUCCCCAUUUACCAACCGGUUGGCAACGUCGGGAAGUUUGACACUUGGGGUCGGAAUACCCGACGCCCUGUCGCCCCGCCUAAUGCACCCGUGGCACCUGUUACUUACGCGCCCAUAACCAGAGAUAUGGGGCCACCACAGGCUCCCCCCAGUAACCAACAACAACAGCGGCCGCCUUCUGUGGCAUUUGGGCAAGCACCACCACCCCCGAGUCAAAUAGGUUAUGCCCCACAAGGUGGGGGACCCCCUCCUCCGCCUGCCCCUCCCACAGAACCCGAGAUGCACUACAACGGCAAUCGUGCUAGUGCACCACAGAUGGUCCCACCUCCAAUGAUGGCCCCGCCUGUAAUGGCACCCCCGCCUCCCCCACUACCAGGGGGACCAGUCAGCGCACCCAAAGGAGCAUCCAGUGAGGGUGGACAUUCCAUGAUGAUGAUGCCCCCGCCCCCUCCACCUGAUAUGGUGGGCGGGGGUGGCGACAUGCCCCCUCCACCACCACCAGAUAUGGAAGUGUCAGCCUUACCUCCUCCACCCCCAAUGGAAGAGACAUCGUACCCUUCCAAUAUGGGCCUAACUGAUGAGAUGCCACCACCACCAGAGUUCAUCCAGACCAGCGAUGUCAUCGAUACUAAUGCACCAGCAGAAUACUUGGACAAGGUUGUUGCCAUCUACGAUUACCAGCAGACAAGAGAGGAUGAGUUGACAUUUCAGGAGGAUGACAUCAUCUACGUGUUGAAAAAGAAUCCCGACGGCUGGUUUGAGGGCGUCUACAAUGGAGUGACGGGACUAUUCCCGGGCAACUACGUUGAAUCGAUCCCGUAAGGAGUUUCUUGCACAUUGGAAUUCUGUAGAUAGUGUAUAUUAAGAGGUAACCAACACCAGGCCUGGAAUUCCAUCUUUUAAAAGGGCAAGGCCAUUUUCAUUUUUGGCACUUCCAUUGGAAAAUCUUUAAA